UCUAGGACACUAAUACAUUCUUCUCGAGGUUCUUGUUCAUGCAUCAUCCCAUGGUUUUCAAUUUCAUUUCCAUUCUAAAAUUUUUUUGGGUUUGACUUUUUUCUUCAUUCCAAUCUAAGUUCAAUAGCUGAUGAACUCUCACACAAAAAUGAGCCUCAAUGAAACAUCUGUUAUUUUGAUUCACUUAGUUUUCUGGUCAAAUUUAGGUAUGUUCAGUGUCAUUCAUGGUACUUCGAGUGAUGUACUUUGCUUGAGAUCUAUCAAAGGAUCCAUUGAAGACCCUUUGAAUAGCUUGACCUCCUCAUGGAACUUCGACAACCAAACAGAAGAUUUUCUCUGUAAAUUUUCUGGGGUUGAAUGCUGGCACGUUGGUGAGAAUAAGGUACUAGCUUUAAACAUCUCCAAUAUGGGGCUUAGAGGAAAAUUUCCUAUGGGAAUUCAAUUUUGCAGCAGCUUAACGUCCUUGGACCUUUCCAAUAAUGCAUUCUCGGGAACUAUUCCAUCAAAUAUAUCUAAGUUGAUCCCCUUUGUGACUAUCCUUGUUUCCCACAACAAUUUUUCUGGAGAAAUUCCAAGUAGCUUAUCCAACUGUAGUUAUCUGAAUGUUCUUAAGCUUAAUCACAACCAGAUCGUAGGCAAUCUACCUAUGGAACUUGGUCUGCUUGGUAGGUUAGUGACAUUUAGUGUUGCUCACAAUCUAUUGACAGGACCAGUUCCUUUCGUUUCAGCUGAAGUUAGCCCUGAGAGCUAUGCAAACAAUACACAACUUUGUGGGGGGCCUUUGGAACCCUGCCAUCACCAUGAAAGAGAAUUGGAUGAUUCUUUCAAAAUUGGGUUUGUAAAUAGCUUUGUGGUUUCAGUGAUAGUUGUGUUUAUAUUCAGUAAUAUGUCUAUCAAGUCCAUGUGUACGUCUCUGUUUAGUUCUUGGUUGCAAGCUACAGAGCUGGUUAUGCAGAUGAUAACAUUGUCCAUGCUUGGGAACAAGAAGAAGAGAAACAAAGCUGAUCAAUGGAACCAUUUGCAGACUUUGAAGGAAAAAGAGAUCACUAGGCUUGAAAAAUUGGUUAACAAAAUAAGCUUUACUGAACUUAUGAAGGCAACAGACAAUUUCAGCGUCAACAAGUGAUUGGAAGGGGAAAGAUAGGGACAAUGUACAAGGCAACACUUCCAAAUGGUUGGUUUCUUGCAGUUAAGAGGUUGCAGAAUGACUCUGAACAAUGUGAGAGCCAAUUCAUAGCUGAAUUAUUGGCUUUGAGCAGAUUGAGACACGAAAACUUAAACCCGCUGUUGGGCUUUUGCAUAGAAAGGAAUGAAAAGUUUCUGGUUUACAAAUACAUGUCAAAUGGUAACCUUCAUGAUUGGUUAUAUCCUGUAGAAGGUGACAAUAAGGUUUUGGAGUGGCCUUUGCGGGUCAAAAUUGCAAUAGGAAUAGCUAAAGGAUUGGCAUGGCUCCAUCACAAGUGCAUAUUUCGAGUAGUCCAUCGUAACAUUACAACAAAGUGUAUAUUACUUGAUCGAUAUUUCUAGCCAAACAUAUCGAAUUUUGGGAACUCGAUCAUAUCAAACCAUGGAGGGGCAAUGUUUGUGUAUCCAAAUGACAAUGAUUCGGGUUUGUUAGUAAAUAGUGGGGUCUGGGAAUCUGAUUUUGUUAAGAAAGAUGUUUAUAACUAUGGAAAUGUGCUUCUUGAGCUCAUUACAGGAAGAAAAACAAUAUCUAGUUCUUCUUGUAGUAGUAUUCACGUGAUUUUGCAGGAAUUAUUUGACCAUCUUCCAAAUAGCAGUGCUUCUUCUCUUCUGAAUGACAUCAUUGACAAAUCUUUGAGUGGGAUAGGAAUUAAUGGUGAGAUCUUGCAGUUCCUCAAAAUAGCAUCAGACUGUGUUCAGCCAUUUCCAUAUCAAAGACCAACAAUGCUUGACGUGUACAAAAGAAUAAGCAGUUUUGGAGAAAGAUAUGGAAUCAAAAGUGAUCCGAGAAUAUAGCUGCAACCCAAUGAAAACAGAUUAAUGGCUGUAAAUCUCUGAAAGGAGAUACAAGCUGUGAUAAUCAAAUAAUUCUGUCAUUUGCUGAUAUAUAACAAAUUCAUGCUUCAAUAGAAACAGAGAAGAGCAUGUAAUAAUUGAAAUAUAUGCUUACAUUAUUUUACACACACACACACACACAUACAUACAUAUUUAUAUAUAUAUAUAUAUAUAUAUCAUGCUUUAAAUGUACAAAAAAUGGUGGUUUCAAACAAAAUAGCCCUUA